GUAGCUGCGCGCAGGAUGGUUCUGCUGUCUCAGCCAUUGCUUACGCAGAAACACGAAGCUGGGGGCGGGACUUCACGUACCUCUAAUGAAGGGGAUAGGUGGCCCGGCUCUCGGUUGCUUUGAUUGCAAAUUCACACUUCCAGGGGAGGUGUAAAGUCUUCCAAGCGGAAUGCUGUAGGCCUAUAAAAGGCGGGGCGAAACGGUUCUUAAAGUCACACUUCCUGGAGGGGGGGUUAUAAAGUCUUACAAGCAGAAUUCUUUAGGCGGAGUGAAACGGUCCUUCCUCCUUCCGCCGAGUCUCCCCGAGAAGCGGAAGUUCGGCUGUCUGGGGCUGGGUCACGUGCCCCGCGGCGCCUCAGCCCGAAGCGGCUGCGCGGCCGGGCCGUAGAGGCAGCUGUGCCCUAGAGUGACCUCGGCAAAUUUCUGGCUCCAGUUCCGGCUCCGGCUCCACCGCGGACUCGGAUCUGGCGCCGGGCAGGAGGGGGAGGAGGAGAUGGCUUCGGCAGAGGUUACGGUAGGGGACGAAGAUGGCGGCGGCGGCGGCCGAGUGCGAGGGCGCAGGGGCUGCGAGCAUUACGACCGCGGAUGCUUCCUCAAGACUCCCUGCUGUGGUAAACUUUACAUCUGCCGCUUAUGCCAUGAUAAUAAAGAAGAUCAUUCCCUGGACCGUUUUAAAGUAAAAGAAGUACAGUGUACAAAAUGUGGAAAACUUCAGGAUGCUCAGAAGACUUGUGAAGAAUGUGGUGCUGUGUUUGGAGAAUAUUAUUGCGAUAUUUGUCAUUUGUUUGACAAAGACAAGAAACAAUACCAUUGUGAGAAAUGUGGAAUUUGUAGAAUUGGUCCAAAGGAAGAAUUUUUUCACUGUUCAAAAUGUAACCUAUGCCUAUCCUUGAGUCUCCAAGGGCAUCACAAGUGCAUUGAGAAUGUUUCCAGGCAGAAUUGUCCCAUAUGUUUGGAGGACAUUCAUACAUCCCGUGUGGUUGCUCAUGUGUUACCGUGUGGGCAUCUUUUACACAGAACAUGUUAUGAAGAAAUGUUAAAAGAAGGUUACAGGUGUCCAUUAUGUAUGCACUCUGCUCUAGAUAUGACACGUUAUUGGCGACAGUUGGAUAAUGAAGUUGCACAAACUCCAAUGCCAACAGAAUAUCAAAAUAUGACAGUAGAAAUUCUCUGCAAUGAUUGCAGUGCCCGCUCUACAGUCCAGUUCCAUAUAUUAGGAAUGAAGUGUAAGAGCUGCGAGUCCUACAAUACUGCUCAAGAUGGAGGCCGUAGAAUUCCUCUGGACAGCAGCGAUCAGCCUUGCUAGACUGCCUAGGGCUGCCUCAGAAGAUUCACCAUUGUUUCUUAAAUAGGAGACAUUACUUAGUAUCUCGUUGGUAUGCUGUCACAAACAUUAGUGAGAUGUUUGCGGUCAUAUCACAACAUAAACUCCCAUUACAGGGACUAGAAUUGUCAUCAAUUUUCUUGUGCAAAAACUGGAGCUCUUCCAUUAAGUGAAUAUUCCUUCACUGUUACUUAGGACUCAGAUGACAUUCUGCUUUGAAAUUGAUUGGUUCAUUAGAAUGUAUAAUUUCAUUCCACUUCUUAAGCAAAGCUAUGCAUCCAGAAUCUAUAAAUAGUUCUUAAUAGAACUGUGUGUAACAUUAAAACUUUUAUCUUAAGGGCUGUAUUGUAAGACUAGGGUUUAUCUUAUUGUCUAAAUAAACUUUAGAAUUUUAUAAAGCAGUCCCUUUUGAAUGUUAUAAAUGUGUAUUUUACUGUAACAUCGAAUAAAAAACACUUGGCAUAGUC